UAAAAAAAGCAUUGGGAAUCCCACUUUUCUGGUAUACCGACUACCGCUUUUUUAAGCCAAAAUUUGAGAUAAGGAGUUGCUGGCCCUGGAACUGACUAUCAGCGCUAUCGUGGGGAUAGUCCACGAAUCUGGCUAGUGUCCUUCAAAGCGUCAUGUAGAAAACUUCUAAAAAAUUUCUCACCGAGGUGUCUGAAUAAUUUUUUUUCCGUUUUUCAUUUCCAGUUAAAAAGUCGGGUGUCUCUUGCGGAAAUCUGAACUCUAAACUGUGACAGUGUGUCCAAGUGACGAAUUGGAAGGAGAGAACGCAAGUGCCAAAGUGCAAGGCCUUUCGCCAGAAAGUGUUGAUGUAGCUCGUGCAGUCACGUCACGUGACUGAAGACCGUUGUGACCAGACAGAUUCGAAUUUCAAAGAAUCAGGGCAAAAUGUCAACUACACAAAUAUUUUUGUGCUUCCUACUUCUGGUCAUAGUUUACAUUGGCAUUAAAAGCAGGAGAAGAUUGAGGUUACCUCCUGGACCUUGGCAACUUCCUAUUCUUGGAUACCUACCGUUUAUCGACGAAAAGAACCCUUACUUGACAUUAACGACCCUGGCGAAAAAAUAUGGGCAAAUAUAUGGAAUAAAGAUGGGAUCGGUUUAUGCUGUUAUCCUGUCUGAUCACCGACUCGUAAGACAGGUCCUGGCGAAGGAAGAAUUUGCAGGAAGGGCACCUUUGUAUCUUACGCAUGGAAUCAUGAAAGGCUAUGGUUUAAUAUGUGCUGAAGGACACGUUUGGAGAGAACAGAGGAGAUUCGUGACAGCAUGUCUCAAAGAUUUUGGCACAGUAAAAUAUUCAUGUGGCAAACGAGACAAGUUGGAAGAGAGAAUUUUAACUGCUGCGAAUGAAGCAGGAUUGAAACUGAAAGAACGAGGAUCCAAUAAGGAAGGUAUUGACCCUUUCGACACUCUUCAUCAUUGCUUAGGAAAUUUGAUAAACGAUUUGGUAUUCGGAGUUUCGUACGAGGAAGAUAAUGAAAUUUGGAAAAUGUUACAAAAAUUUCAAGAUGAGGGUGUAAAAUACAUGGGGGUGGCAGGACCAUUGAAUUUUCUUCCCUUCCUCAGACAUUUUCCGAGAUAUAAAAAUGUGAUGAAAUACGUCGUAGAUGGGCAAACUCGAACCCACGAGGAAUAUAAAAAAAUCAUAAAUAAUUAUGAAAAUCAGCCAACGAAUGCAGAUAACUUUCUCGCAGCUUUCGUAACAGAAAUGAAAAAACGAAACAGCACUGGUGAAAUAGGAUCUUUUGCGGAUCCUCAAAUUUUUUUUCUUUUGGCUGAUAUGUUCGGUGCUGGUGUUGAUACGACGAUAACGACUCUCCGUUGGUUUUUACUUUUUAUGGCAGUUUAUCCCAAUGAACAGGAGGAAAUUCUAAAAGAAAUGGAUAAUGUCUUAUGUGGUCGAGGACCAACACUAAAUGAUAGACCAUCCUUACCAAGACUCGAAGCAGCCAUAGCAGAAACCCAACGUAUAAGGUCCAUUGUUCCUCUAGGAUUUCCACACGGAUGUAUGAAGGAUGCAGUAAUUGAGGGUUAUGACAUACCGAAAGGAACCAUGAUAGUUCCUUUACAAUGGGCAAUCCACAUGGAUCCAAAAUUUUGGCCCGAACCUGAAAUAUUCAGGCCUGCAAGAUUUUUAACUGAGGAGGGCAAUCUCGCAAAACCAGAUGCUUUUAUGCCCUUUCAAAGUGGAAAACGAAUAUGUGUGGGAGAAGAACUUGCGAAAAUGAUACUUUUCCUCUUCACUGCUCGGAUCCUUCAAUCAUUCUUCGUGUCAGUUCCUCCUGGCAGUUCCCCCUGUACAGAUGGUGAAUGUGGAAUUACUUUGACUCCGAAACCUCAUCAUCUAGUUUUCAAGCAUCGAAUGUAAUUUUCCGUCCAAAUAAUUUACUACAGUAUCAAUAUUUACUCGUGAGAAUCGUUAGUACUUAAGAACUUUUAUCAGAUUUUUCAUCUCUAAUAAAGUCUUUUUAUCCAAA